GCAACAGAUUUCGCGGUUUCCGUCGCAAAUCCAUGGCGCUUCCCCACUUUCUUCUUAGGGCUAUAUAAAUUUCUGUAACUGAUCCCCCCUCGUUCUCCCCCAAUUAUCUUCCAUUCGGUUCAUCAUUUUCGGAUUCAAUUCCAAUAUCUCCGAUUGAAGUUUCAUUUUUAGAGAAUGAAUUGAAGUCUUCGUUAGGUGUUCUUGAAAUGGUAGCAUCAAUGGCGCCUUUUAAGCUGACGGAAGGAGCAGUGAUGGUGAUAUGCAAGCGAGAAUCGUCGGCAGAGACGUUCCAGCCGGUUGUACAAGUAAUUGACUUGAAAUUGGUUAACACUACGCAACAAUCGGGCAGCGAGAGGUACAGAUUGUUGCUUUCUGAUGGAACUCAUUACCAGCAAGGAAUGCUAGGCACUCAGCUCAAUGGAUUGGUUAAGUCCGGGAAGUUACAGAAAGGUUCCAUCGUUCAACUGCGGCAGUAUGUUUGUAAUCCCGUUCAAGAACGCCUAAUUAUAAUCGUCAUUGAGUUGGAUGUGAUAAAGGAAAUGUGUGAUUUUAUUGGCGAGCCUGUUCCAGCAACAAGAUCAGUAUCAGCCGCAUUUAGUGGAAACCCCCAAUCCUCUAUGGGGGCUUCAUCCGGCAACGGAAUAGUUGGUAAUGUGAAUGUAUCUGCUGCGUCUUUUGAACAGCCUAAAGUGAAUCAAUCACAAGUACCGCAUGUGGGAUCUCAUUUUAACACCCCUAAUUCUGGAACAAGGUUUAACGGUUCAUCUCCUGUAACUGGGUCAUAUGGUGAUCAGAAGAUGGCAUACCACAACAAUGGAUCAGAUAUUCCCAGGCCACCUCUAAAUGCUUCUCAUGCCCCUCCUCAGCCUAUACAUCAGCAGCCACCUUCAAUGUACAGUAACAGGGGAGGACCGGUAGCAAAAAAUGAAGCUCCCCCAAGGAUAAUGCCUAUUACUGCUCUGAACCCUUACCAAGGAAGGUGGACAAUAAAGGCUCGAGUUACUUCGAAAGGAGAACUUAGACACUACAAUAAUCCUCGUGGAGAUGGGAAAGUGUUUUCAUUUGAUCUACUUGAUGCAUACGGUGGAGAAAUACGAGCAACAUGCUUCAAUACGGUAGCUGAUCAGUUUUACAACCAGAUUGAAUCUGGUAAAGUAUACUUCAUUUCUAAAGGAAGCUUGAAACCUGCACAAAAGAACUAUAACCAUCUCAAUAAUGACUUUGAAAUAUUUCUUGAAAACACAUCAACAAUCCAACCUUGCUUUGAGGAUGACCAAUCAAUCCCCCAUCAGCAGUUUCAUUUCCAUCACAUUAGUGAGAUUGAGGGCAUGGAUAGCAACAGUGUUGUAGAUGUAAUUGGUGUUGUUUCUUCCAUUAAUCCUGCAACGUCUCUCAUGAGAAAAAAUGGUACUGAGACUCAGAAGAGAUCCCUUCAGUUGAAAGAUAUGUCUGGCCGAAGUGUUGAAUUGACUCUUUGGGGAAACUUUUGUCAAGCAGAAGGGCAAAAAUUGCAAAACAUGUGCGACUCGGGGUUGUUCCCAGUUUUGGCUGUGAAAUCUGGUAGAGUGAGUGACUUCAAUGGGAAGGCGGUGGGAACCAUUUCAACAAGUCAGCUUUUCGUAGAGCCAGAUUUCCCCGAGGCUCGUACAUUAAGAGGGUGGUUCGAAAAGGAAGGAAGGAGUACUCCUUCUGUCUCCAUAUCCAGGGAAGUUGCUACCGUGGGCAGGACAGAUGCCCGUAAGACCAUAUCUCAAAUAAAAGAUGAGAGGUUAGGAACCUCUGAGAAGCCAGAUUGGAUCACUGUUAGUGCAACUGUUUCAUUCAUUAAGGUUGAUAAUUUCUGUUACACAGCAUGUCCUAUCAUGAUCGGGGAUCGUCAAUGCAGCAAAAAGGUUACAAAUAACGGAGAUGGAAAAUGGAGAUGCGACCGGUGUGAUCAGUCUGUCGACGAAUGUGACUACAGGUACAUAUUGCAGCUGCAAAUACAGGAUCAUACUGGCUUAACUUGGGUGACUGCAUUUCAAGAAGGCGGCGAGGAGAUCAUGGGCAUACCUGCAAAAAGAUUGUAUUAUUUGAAAUACGAAGAGCAAGAUGAUGAAAAGUUUGCAGAAAUCAUCCGUAAGGUUCUUUUUACAAAAUUUAUUAUGAAGUUGAAAGUAAAGGAAGAGACUUUUAGUGAUGAACAGAGAGUGAAAUCAACUGUCAUGAAAGCAGAAAGCAUUAACUUUUCGACCGAGUCCAGGUUUCUUCUAGAUUUGAUGGAAAAGCUCAGGGCAGGGAACACCAUACAAAAUCCUGGAGUUUUUCGCCCCGGAUCGGAGAAUAUAGGGGGUGGACAGUUCGUGUCGCCCAUUCGAAAUAGUACCAAUAAUGUUGGCAGAGAAUAUGGUACAUCGAACCGAGGUGUUCAGUAUGGGGACCAUCACAACAGUUCUAGGCCUAUUCCAUCCACACUGCAUAACUCGCGCACGUACUGCAACAGCUGUGGGGGAUCGGGUCACAGCUCAAUGAACUGUCCGAGUAUCAUCAGCAGCCCUGCGCCAUCCGUCGGAGGAGGGAUAUACUUAAAUCGAGUUUCAGGCUCGUCUGGUCGUGACUCUGGUGAAUGCUUCAAAUGCCAUCAAACCGGGCACUGGGGUAGGGAUUGCCCUGGUUUGGCUACUUUCCCUCCAGCUUAUGGUAACAGUGGCUUCACGGCUAGGUGAUGCUCAGGGAAGUUUCUAAAUUCUCUGAAAGCCCUUCUUUUUUUCCUUUCAUUAGAAGAGAUGUUGUUUUCUUGUACAGCUUUUGCUUGGAAACUGUUGUUUUGGAUCUUAAGAUAAUCUUAAGUUGAUGGCUGCGUUUAUAUUUUGAUAAGUUAUCUUUGUAACACUAUUUUAGUUUUCUUUUUGUAUGUAAAUUUGUCUCAGUUUCCCUAUGGUAUAUAGUUUAGUGGCAGUGUAUUUCAUUCUUUGAUCAAAUAAUAGUAGUUUGGGAAAGGUUUUCUUGUUUGCUUUA